AGCAGUGUGUUCAACUGAGGGCGGUUCCACCUCCUGCUGCCUACGUCACGAGGGUGCGUCGCUACUAUACAAAAACAUCAGCCAAACAGCAGCACCUUGGGGAGAAGGAUUCUAAGCUAGAUGUUGGCUUGAUGGAGUCCAUGCUGGAGGCAAAGUGAUGGUGUAAGGACUCAGCGUGGCGAAGGUGCUUGCGCGUGGGAUGUUGCGCUGGUCAGUGCACCUUGAAGGAGGGCCACGGAGAGUCAACCAUGCUGCUGUGGCAGUGGGACACAAAGUGUACUCAUUUGGAGGCUACUGCUCCGGUGAGGACUACGAGACACUGCGUCAGAUUGACGUGCACGUCUUUAACACAGUGUCUCUACGCUGGACAAAACUUCCUCCUGUGAGGACGGGUGGAAACGAGCAUGCCCGUGAAGUGCCAUACAUGCGCUAUGGCCACACUGCUGUGCUGCUGGACGACACAAUCUACCUCUGGGGCGGGCGCAACGACACAGAGGGUGCCUGUAAUGUGCUUUAUGCAUUCGAUGUCAAUUCCCAUAGAUGGUACACUCCCAAAAUCUCUGGGACACUUCCAGGGGCGAGGGAUGGCCACUCCGCCUGCAUCUUGGGGAAAGCCAUGUAUAUAUUUGGAGGUUAUGAGCAGCUGGCUGACUGCUUUUCGAACGACAUCCACAAGCUGGACACCACCACCAUGGUCUGGUCACUAAUUAACGCUAGAGGUGCUCCAGCACGCUGGCGGGACUUCCAUUCUGCGACUAUCAUCGGUACAAAGAUGUUUGUUUUCGGAGGACGUGCCGACCGCUUUGGCCCCUUCCACUCCAACAACGAAAUCUACUGCAACAAGAUCAAAGUGUUUGACACGGAAACCAAUUGCUGGCUCAGCACCCCGUCGACACAGCCGCUGCCCGAUGGGCGACGGAGUCAUUCUGCCUUUACCUACAAUGGUGAGCUGUACAUAUUUGGGGGAUACAAUGCCCGCCUGGACCGCCACUUCAAUGAUCUCUGGAAGUUUAGUCCAGAAGCCUUUUCCUGGAAGAAAGUUGAACCAAAGGGUAAAGGCCCGUGCUCGCGCAGACGGCAGUGCUGUUGCAUGGUUGGUGAUCGAAUCAUCCUCUUUGGAGGAACCAGCCCCUGUCCGGAGCAAGGAAUGGGGGAUGAAUUUAACCUCAUGGAUCAUUCAGACUUGUACAUCUUAGAUUUCUGCCCCAAUUUAAAGACUUUAUGCAAAAUAGCUGUAAUUCAAUACAGUCUGGAGCAGUCGGGACUCCCCCAUGAUAUCAGGUGGGAACUGGCUGCCAUGACAACCAACAGCAACAUCAGUCGGCCAAUCUUCUCCUCCCACGGCUGAUGUCGCUGAACGUCAAGCAGAACAAGAACAAUUCAUUGCUCAGUACAGAGUGUGUUCUGAGGAUUGUUUUUUUCUUUAUGGGGGUUGGAUUAAUCAAACAAUAAAUUCCAUUCCAGACCACAACCUCCUGCUUAGAACUCUCGGAAUCUCACACUCACAGACUCUUUUUUUUUUUAAAUUUUUUUUUUUUAUUCCUUCUUCCCUCCCCUUCUCCAUUUUAGUCUCUCUAUUAAUCCAAUCCGCCUUUGAUAAUCAUGGAUUGCUAAGCACAAAGACUUGAGCCAAAGGUCUUGAGCGAUUUGGAUGGCAGAAGUCGCACUCUUAACAAAGUGAACAAUUCUCCGAUGUGUUGAAACCUUCACAACCUUUGAUGCCCAGAGUGACUCACUUCAGGAGACUUCUGUUUGCUUUGCUUCUGAGCUCUGCCCAGUGCUUGUGUGUCCGGAUUCUAAAUGGCCUCCGUCGCUGAACGCACCCUCGUGCUGUCAAAAGCCGACCCAAGUCGACGCUGCAGUGUAAAUGAAGAAAUGUAACGAAGAAGAUUCUAGCGCUGAAGUCUGGUCCGUAUAACCGAGUGGUCUAUAAGGUGCCUCUACUUUAAUUUAUCUCAAAAAUGAAUCAAGACUUCUGACUGUUUAGAAGUGUUUUAUCUGUCCUAACUGUACUAACCUGAAGAUUUCCAGUGCUGCGAGUGCUCUAGCUAGCUCCCACCUUCACGUGGACAUUUACAGAACAGAAAUUUGACUCUUUUUUUUUGUGCCUUUUUGAACCCCAUAGUGCACCAGAUCAAGGAAAAGUCCAGCGAUGACAAAUUGAAUAAGCUUAACGUCGAUUCAGGAGUGAAACCGCACGGUAAAGUUCUUCCAUUUUACAUGUAGAAACCCAUGAUCAAAAGUAGAAUGAUCUUUGGUUUCACCUGAUCAAAGUUUAUCCGCUUGAUUUGUGCGGAGAUGCAACUUUAUUGAAUCUUUUGAAGGCUGUAGAUCCCUGUUAGAUAGUUUAGUAGCGUAAAGCCAUGUAUAUUGAGUCGUCCAGUUCUGAUAGGAUCACCGAACCUUAUUUAAGGUCAGAGACAAAUCGGGGUCAGGUUGACCACCUUGUGUUUUCAUCAGUUCCAUCUACCUCCCGCAGUAUAAUGAGAAAGUUCUUAUUAGCGCCCAGAAAAAAAAAAGCCUUGUAUGUGUUGUAUACUUCGAGUUCUUACAGUUCAGUGCCAAAACUAUAACUGCUGUAAACAGUGACUGUAAACAAUCAGAUGAAGGUCCACACUCAUGAAUGAACUUUGAGACAAUCUAGAGUUGAAGAGCAGGUGGCCGCGAUUCAAACAAUAUUUCAGAACAAACUAACAGUAAAUAUUGUGAUAAUCAUUUUAGAAUGAAAUUGCAGGUCAUGGUCUUGUUGUGUUCUGUAUGGGUGUUUUAUUUAAGAGAAAUAAAAAAAAUGAACUGACACCCAUGUGAUGCUCUUAAAACACGCUGGCUACAGGCGAGCGUUUUGUGUGACGAAUUUGUACUUUGGAGAGUGACUGUUGCUUUGCUGAAGAAUGAAACCCUCCAGUGUUUGUUGAACUGACUACAAUAUACACCAAGUGUUUCAGAGGGUUCUCGCCAAGGCCAGGCCUCACAUCAAGGCUGUGUUUGAGGUGUCAGAUCUUAACAGUUACAUUGACCAACCAGUGGGGGAAGCGUGACGCGACAUCACAGACCUCAGUCCUUCGGCUUGCUUUUUUUUUUAAGAUCUAUUUUUAUUCCUCUCUGGUGAAGGUUAUGGUGGCGGUCUCCAACUUUUGAGGAAAUCUUUGGGCAAUGAAAUAAAAGUCGCCAAGAAACAUUUGUGUUAACUAACAACAAGUCUCUCCUCUGGUGGUUUAUUAAAGAACAAAAUGCUGAAUGGAUUCUCAUCAAUCCACACAUUUUAUUUUUGUUCUUCCUCCCUUUUUCGGUCAGGACUUUACUGUGCAAUAUACUUUAUAUAACAAUGACAAUAAAAUACA